ACUAGAAUGUUUAAGUCAUACUUGCUUAGUAUGGGUAUAGACAACCCUGUGACAAGGGAAACUGUAGGUACAGGAGCCAACUACCACAAUGAAUUGGCAAAAGAGUUGGGACGGUUUUUAGACAAUAUAAUCCAGGAUGAAGGUGGUAUGAUGGCGCUGACAGAUGUUUAUUGCAGGUUUAAUAGAGCUAGGGGAAUGGAGCUUGUAUCACCUGAAGACUUAAUAAAUGCAUCCAAACUGUUUGAAACACUGAAGAUUCCUUUAAGGCUGCGGCGUUUUGAGAGUGGGGUACUUGUGAUUCAAUCAAUCUCUCAUAGUGAUGAAGAAGUCAUUCGCAAGACCAAACAACUGCUUGAUGAUAAAGGAUCUCUUACAGCUGAUGAACUUGCCAGUGUUGUUGCAGUAUCUGUUAUGCUUGCAAAAGAAAGGCUGCUAGUAACAGAACAAGCYGGCAAGGCAUGCAGGGACGACUGUGCAGAAGGACUGAGAUUUUAUCCUAAUCUUUUUGCUGAAAGAGAGCCUUAACCUGGAUCACCUUUUAAUGAUAASCUGUCAUCCUAUACAUACAUAGCUAUGCUUUUCAUUUGAGUGUAAAAAGCAGAAGAUUUGAUAGCAAUGUUGUCAAUGUGUCAUCUAGGAAAUUGUGCUUGGUAAUUUCCAAAAGUCCAAAGGUCCAAAUAAUUUAAGAAAAGAAACCUAGAAAUAGAAACACUUGUACAUAAUUAUUAYUAACAAUAAGAUAAUUAAACAAAAUGUAUUUGGUUCA